CGAUGCUGCACUCUCAGUUUGAAUGAAACGACAAUCGACAACGGCCAAAAAGUUUGCCCACUCCCAGACAAAUCGGUUUACAUUUUGAAAUCCCUCAUUCGUUUUAAAUAUUUGACAGGGGUUCACAAGUACUGAACCGAAUAGGCUCGAAAAUGAAACCAUCGCGAUUGAAGAUUGCACCUAAGGUGCCAACCAAACCACCAAUCACUCCAGCACGGUCCAAACAAGCAUUGAUGACUUCCAGAGAUCGGGAUCCUGUGCAAGUGUAUUGCAGAAUCAGACCUCUUGAUGUCCCCUCUGAUGAUUCGUGUGUAACUGUUUUAAGUGACACUGUAGUGCAAGUUGUACCUCCAGAAACUUCUCAAGGUUACAGAAGUGGAACAACAAAAGCGACACAAUAUACAUUCACUGGUGUGUUUGACGAGAAGACCACACAGAAACCUAUUUUCCACACUGUGACUUUACCGCUAAUAGAAGACUUGCUUCAUGGAAAGAAUAGCUUGCUAUUUGCCUAUGGAGUCACAGGAUCAGGAAAAACACACACAAUGAAUGGUGAGCUGCAGGAUGGUGGCAUUAUCCCUCGUUGUUUGGAUGUUAUUUUUAACAGCAUUGGUCACUACCAGGCUAAAAAGUAUAUCUUCAAACCAGAUAAAAUGAACAGUUUUGAAAUCCAAAGUGAAAUUGAUGCAUUAUCAGAAAGGCAUUCUGAAGGUCUCACUUCAAACAAGUUCAAGACACCUGCACGCAGAGGACAAGAGAACGAAGGGCCGCGCGUAACGGAUGCUACACGGAUUUCAGCAUUAGAUGAAGACCAGGCUUAUGCUGUAUUUGUAACGUUUGUUGAAGUUUACAACAAUACGGUCUUCGAUCUGUUGGACGAUACUCCUAUCGAUCCUCUUCGACCUGGCAAGAUACAAUCAAAAAUCUUACGAGAAGAUCAACAUCACAAUAUGUAUGUUCAUGCUGUGACUGAAGUUGAAGUUAAGUCGGCCGAUGAAGCUGCUGAAGUUCUUGCCAAGGGACAAAAGCGACGCCGUGUUGCUCACACUACUCUCAAUGCAGAGUCGAGUAGAAGCCACUCCGUGUUUAACAUCCGCGUUGUUCAGGCUCCGCUUGAUUACCAGGGUGCCAUUCCAGAGAAGGUGCUAACUGUAGGCCAGCUCUCAUUAGUUGAUCUUGCUGGUUCAGAAAGAAACAGUCGAACUAAAACCACCGGCGAACGUUUGCGUGAAGCUGGUAGCAUCAAUAACACCUUGAUGACGCUUCGAUCUUGCUUGGAAAUUCUGCGCGAAAACCAAUUGAAUGGCACUAAUAAAAUGGUGCCCUACCGUGAUUCUAAAAUCACGCAUCUUUUCAAGAGUUACUUUGACGGCGAAGGAAAGGUUAGAAUGAUUGUUUGCGUGAACCCGCGUGCGGAUGAUUACGACGAAACUCUUUCCGUGAUGCGUUUUGCUGAAAUGGCUCAAGAAGUGCAAAUCGCACGUGCCGUACAGCCCAAUAUUCGCUUGGAAGCUACUCCUCGAGCAACGCCAGCUGGAAGAGACGCCCUUCUCCCAGGCCGCAGAAAGGCCAAUCGUGUUCUAACCGAAGCAUAUCGCAAACUGGAACAGGGUGGAAUUUCGAACCCCCAAUCAGAAGUGCCGUUUGACAUUGAUAUGGUUUUCAGUGCGGCUCGCUGUUCGUGGCCUCCUCUGGAAUUACAAUCAGCAUCGGAUGAUCGACUUAUAACGGCCUUGGUUGAGUAUCUGCAGGUGCGAAUCCGUGAUCAACAGAGUCGCCGGGAGCAGCAAAUGAAGAAAUGUGUCGAAGUCCGAACUCUUAUUCGUGAUAUGGAAGAGGAGCUCAUUUUGAAACGUCAAGAGAACUUGAGUUUGAACGAGCAAUUGAAAGAUGAGCGUUCGCGUUGCCAAACAUUUGAAAACCGUGUCCUCAAUGCGGAGUCGGCUAACGCUACCUUACAGCGCCAUGUACUCGAGCAUCAAAAAUACGCCAGGUUGUUGGAAGAAGAGUUGAAGGAGAAGGAUUGCCUUCUUAAUCAGGGUGAGAUGGAAAUCCAACACGUAAAAGCCAAGGAGAAGACAAAGCGGCAAUUGGAACGCGAAAAGUUAAAGAAAGAGCUGGACCGUUAUAAGCAAGUAGAAUCUCAACUUCAGCGACAAACCGAAAGAUUUCUUGUUAUGCGUGACUUGCUGGAUGCCGGCUGCUCAGUUAAAGUUCCUGGCACCAGUGGAUCUAGCGAAUCCGAAUCACGCACGCCUUCGAUUGGAGCUACACAUCGCGUCUCUGAUCCCAGAGUCGUUGGAACCCCUUCUUUGAGAGGACCAGCUGUAUCCACUAAGAAACGCCGCUCACGUUCUGUAGAUCCUGGUAAGGGAUGGGUAGACCAUCGUCCAGAAAACACUCUUGAAACCGAUACAGUUUUCCAGCCACAAAUGAAUCGUGCUAAAUCCAUUACUAAAUUAGUAGAUUCCAAAACGAUCACUGAUCCCAAUAUUUCGAAAUACGUUCUGAGAACGCAAGAACAGGAUUCGUCCGGAGAAAUUGAAACGAAACUUUAUAAAGGCGACGUGUUGGCUACUGUCGGUGGUGGAGCUCAGGUUGUGCUGAAAGACGUUGAGAUUCUUCGACAUUCGUCACCAACUGCUGCCAAGCGCCAUAGUGAUGGCAGACUAAAGGAUGUACACAGUCGUGUUGCUGAUAUUGAGAACCGUUGCGGCUACGCCAUUGAAGGACACGGUCGCGUUAAAAAGCACUGCCCUUGAAAUAACUUGCCACCCUGCCCGAACUGAUCGACGAACAAAAUUUCUUGAACUAGGUUAGCGGAUUUCCCUCUCAUCUCGCCCCUGCUUUUUUCGCUUCACUUUUAGCAAUUCGUCUUGAAAAUUUUUUGUAUUUCUUUUACAUGUGCAUUAUAACUUUACUAUCGUAUUUCGUUAAUACAUAAUACACCGAACAGCUAUGUC